AUGAGUCUCAAGGCCCCACAAAGAUCAUCUCGCUCUCGUUCACGCGGUAGAACAUGCAUCGGAAAUAAAAAUACACCAACAGGAGAGGUACCUGCAGGGUCGGCCCGAUACAUCAGCCCCAGCCCCGCCGGCCCAAAUGGAGCCUCACGAGAGAAUCCUGCCAUUCCUGGAAAUCGAGAGAAAGAGCCAAGAACAAAGCCAAACUGCAACCCCAGAGAGUGGAUGAAUCCACUGAGGAACUGGACUUUCUCAGAGACGCGUGUUGCAACGAGACAUGGCUUAGAUACAGCCCCCGAAACACCACAAGAUGAGCCUCAGAGAAAUAUCAGCAAAGAAAGACCGAGCGCUUCUUGCUCAGAGACUCUUCCUAAGAUUUCAAAGAUUCAAAUCCAACUGCCUCCGCCUCCAGAGACCUUUUUAGCAGCUUUGACUCAUGAGAAAUUCGGUCUAUUCGUUUUGAAAGACCAAGAUCCAAAUGCUAAAGACAUUGUCAACAUAAUUGCAAUACAUGGCCUCGGAGGCGAUGCACAUGAAACAUGGACCGCUCCAAACAAAAAGCUCUGGCUUCGAGAUUUCCUUCCACAUCAAAUCCCAAACGCUCGAAUUAUGACUUUCGGCUAUGAUUCCUCUUGGCUAUUUUCCAAAAAUGUCAUGAGUAUCACUGAUUUUGCUAAUGAUCUUCUUUUCCGCCUGAAGAAUGAUCGACAUACACCAAUUAUGCGAAAACAACCUAUCAUAUUUGUGUGUCAUUCUCUAGGUGGGAUUAUCGCUAAAAGGGCGAUAACAUUAGCCUAUGAAAAUUCGACAUUAUAUGGGGAGCUUCUUUCCCAAAUAAAGGGUGUUGUCUUCUUGGGCACACCACAUCGUGGGUCUCACGCUGCAACGAUAGCGAACAUAGCCAGCAGCACUGUGAAUUACCUCCUACCCGGCCAGGCGAUCAAGAAGCCAUUGAUGAAAGCACUCAGUACCAAUUCAAACGAAUUGGAAGAAAUCAGUCGUUCCUUCUUGGCUCGAACUAGUCUUUUAAAAAUCGCUUCAUUCUGUGAAGCAGAUGCAUUUCCUGGUCUUCCUUUCCCACUCUCGCCGAAAGAGUACGUCCUCAGUGAUACUUGUUUCUAG